AUGGAGAACAGCAGCAGCGCGACUUGGAUUCUCCAGCCGCCUUCUGCUGCAGCACCAGCAGCAGAAGCAGCAGCAGCAGCAGCAGACACGGAGUGCAGCCGCAGCUUCCGCAGGAAACGCUCCGCAUUCAGCACUGCAGCAGCGUUCAGCAGCAGCAGCACACACUCCAGCAGCACAGCUGGCGGUGUCAGGCGUCUGCAGCGACGCGCGCUUAACUUGCCACGCACAGCAGCGUUCUUGCUGCAGCAGCAGCUGGAGCAGCAGCAGCAGCAGCAGCAACCUAACCCCCGGGUGCAGCAGCAGCAGCAGCCGCAGCAGCUCGGCUUCGCAACAACCCCCCCCCCUCUCUGCAAACCAGCAGCAACAGCAGCAGCAGCAACAGCAGCAGCAGCAGCAGCAGCAGCAGCAGCAGCACAGCAGCAGCAGCAGCAGCAGCAGCUCCGUCCCUCCCCCGGCCCGCAUCCCAGCAGCGUCACCGCAGGCGCACCCCCCAGCAGCACCGGCAGCAGCAGCCGACCCGCCGCCGCCGCAGCAGCACAACAGCAGCAGCAGCAGCAGCAGCAGCAGCAGCAGCAGCAGCAGAAUGGCGCGGGGGUCGGGGCAGGCGAUCACAAGGUGCAGCAGCAGCAGCAGCAGCAAGACAAGCUGCUGGACCGCAGCUCCGUGAGCUCGCUGCACCGCCUCAGCAGCAGCAGCGGCUGCUGCCUCGUGGGCCUCCAGGCGGACUGCAGGUCUGCUGCUGCUGCUGCUGCUGCUGCAGCAGCAAACUUCAACUUCAAAUAUGGACUUCAGAUUUCCCCCAGAGCUCUUGCUGCUCGCAUGGCCGACCUCAACCAGGUGUACACGCAGUUCGCCUACAUGCGCCUCCACGCAUGCACGGGGAUCGUGGUGGGGGUGGACGAGGAGGAGGGCCCGCAGCUGUUCAAGUUCGACCCCGCAGGGUUUGUGGCAGGGUUUAGGGCUUGUGCUGCUGGGGCGAAAGAACAAGAAGCAAAUAGUCUUUUGGAGAAACUUUUGAAAAAAAGAAACUCCGAAACCCCCGAACAAGUCGCCAGACUGGCCAUCACGGCGCUGCAGCAGGUGGCUAGGGUUUUGGCCUCGGACUUGAAGGCGGAAGACAUCGAAGUUGGGAUCGUGACGAAAAGCGAUCCCAGCUUUCGGCUGCUGUCUGAACAGGAGAUCGAGGCGCACUUGACGGCCAUCGCCGAGCAAGACUAA